CCGAAAUAUAAUGAAUGGUCACACACCCACACCGGUGUUUAAUAAAACAGCUUUUAUAAAGUUUUAAAGAAAAAGCUCUACACAGUACUACUUUAAAAUGGCUUUAAAAUAUAUUGAUAUUGGCGCAAAUCUAACGGAUCCUAUGUUCCGUGGCUGCUAUGGUGGCUCAACCAAGCACCAGGCUGACCUCAAUUUUGUCUUGGAUCGCGCGUGGCAACAUGGACUGCAGAAGCUGAUAGCCACAUCUGGAUGCGUGAGCGACGUGGACGAAGCUCUGGAACUAGUAGCCAAAGAUGGCAAACUCGUCACAACAGUGGGCGCGCAUCCCACACGCUGUGGUGAAUUCGUGGCAGAACCAGAGCAAUACUACAAUGAGCUGCGCUCCAGAAUCAAGGCAAAUCCACAGAAAGUAGUCGCUGUUGGAGAAUGCGGUCUAGACUACGAUCGUUUGCACUUCUGUGACAAGGAAACACAAAAGCAAUACUUUGAGAAGCAGCUGAGUUUAGCCGAAGAAUUUAAAUUGCCUUUAUUCUUGCAUAUGCGGAACGCCCACGAGGACUUUAUGGCUAUAUUAGAACGUAAUAGAGAUAAACUGAAAGCCUGUGGUGGAGGCGUGGUGCACAGCUUCACUGGCACACUAGAGGAGGCUCAGAGCAUACUGGCAUUCGGUGGCCUCUACAUUGGUUUGAAUGGUUGCUCUUUGAAAACAGAAGAAAACGUCGAAGUGGUACGACAACUGCCCAAUGAUCGGAUAAUGCUGGAAACGGAUUGUCCUUGGUGCGGCAUUCGUCCCUCUCAUGCGAGUCACAAGCACGUGUCCACCAAGUUUCCGACUGUUAAAAAGAAGGAAAAAUGGACCGCGGAGACAUUGAUAGAUGGUCGCAACGAACCCUGUCAGAUUACUCAAGUACUGGAGGCAAUAGCGGGAAUUAAGCAGGAGCCCAAGGAGAAACUGGCCGAAAUCUACUAUCAAAACACAGAGGAUUUGUUCUUUAGCAAGACGAAAUAAAAGAAAUUGUUACAUUUUAUGCUUUUACAUUUAUUGUAUGUAUUAUUGUUUCUCAUGUCCUAAAUGCAAAUGAAUUCAAAAAUA